ACUUGACCGUGGGCGCCAAGCGUCCCGGCCGCGCGGCGCGGCCUUUAUGUAAAUGGAGGCUGCGCCGGGCGUCCUAGGUAGGAUGGACCAGCCCCCCGCGCCUCAGCCCUCACGUCCAAUAAGAAGAGCCCCAGCUUGACACCUGCCUAUAUACAGGCAAGCGCGCCCCCGGACCGCGGACCGCGCGUACAGCCCACACUGUCCCACGCCGCGGGCUAGGGACACCCGGCCCGCCACCAUGACUUCCAGCAAGAUAGAGAUGCCCGGCGAGGUGAAGGCUGACCCCGCCGCCCUCAUGGCGUCCCUGCACCUCCUGCCGUCGCCCACGCCCAACCUCGAAAUCAAGUACACCAAGAUCUUUAUAAACAACGAGUGGCAGAACUCAGAGAGUGGGAGAGUGUUCCCUGUCUAUAAUCCAGCCACAGGAGAACAGGUGUGUGAAGUUCAAGAAGCAGACAAGGCAGAUGUAGACAAAGCAGUGCAGGCAGCCCGCCUGGCUUUCUCUCUUGGUUCAGUGUGGAGAAGGAUGGAUGCUUCAGAAAGAGGACGUCUGUUGGAUAAGCUUGCAGACUUGGUGGAACGGGACAGGGCAGUUCUUGCAACCAUGGAAUCCCUAAAUGGUGGCAAACCAUUCCUGCAAGCUUUUUAUGUGGAUUUGCAGGGCGUCAUCAAAACCCUUCGAUAUUAUGCAGGCUGGGCUGAUAAAAUUCAUGGGAUGACCAUUCCUGUAGAUGGAGACUAUUUUACCUUUACAAGACAUGAACCCAUUGGAGUGUGUGGACAGAUCAUCCCAUGGAACUUCCCCCUGCUGAUGUUUGCCUGGAAAAUUGCUCCAGCUUUGUGCUGUGGCAAUACAGUAGUUAUUAAGCCAGCAGAGCAAACACCACUCAGUGCACUCUACAUGGGAGCCCUCAUCAAGGAGGCUGGCUUUCCUCCCGGGGUCAUCAAUAUUUUGCCAGGAUAUGGGCCAACGGCUGGGGCAGCAAUAGCUUCUCACACUGGCAUAGACAAGAUUGCAUUCACAGGGUCUACUGAGGUUGGAAAGCUUAUCCAAGAAGCAGCUGGAAGAAGUAAUUUGAAGAGAGUAACUCUGGAACUUGGAGGCAAAAGUCCUAAUAUUAUUUUUGCUGAUGCUGAUUUGGACUAUGCUGUGGAGCAGGCCCACCAGGGUGUGUUCUUCAAUCAAGGCCAGUGCUGCACUGCAGGCUCUCGCAUCUUCGUGGAGGAGUCCAUCUAUGAGGAGUUUGUGAGAAGAAGCGUGGAGCGGGCCAAGAGGCGCAUAGUGGGGAGUCCCUUUGACCCCACCACUGAGCAGGGUCCCCAGAUUGAUAAGAAACAGUACAACAAGAUCUUGGAACUCAUCCAGAGUGGUGUGGCCGAGGGCGCCAAGCUGGAAUGUGGAGGCAAAGGACUGGGCCGAAAGGGGUUUUUCAUUGAGCCCACAGUGUUUUCCAACGUCACUGAUGAUAUGCGGAUUGCCAAGGAAGAGAUCUUUGGCCCUGUUCAGGAAAUUUUGAGAUUUAAGACGAUGGAUGAAGUUAUUGAAAGAGCCAAUAACUCAGACUUUGGACUUGUAGCAGCUGUCUUUACUAAUGACAUCAACAAGGCCCUCACAGUGUCUUCUGCAAUGCAAGCUGGGACUGUUUGGAUCAAUUGUUACAAUGCCUUAAAUGCCCAGAGCCCCUUUGGGGGAUUCAAGAUGUCUGGAAAUGGGAGAGAAAUGGGAGAAUUCGGCUUGCGGGAGUACUCAGAAGUUAAGACUGUGACAGUAAAGAUCCCCCAGAAGAACUCCUAAGAAGGCCAAGAAUCUCCACUUGCUGUUACUUACAAACGACAGUGCAUUCAGCAGCCCAAUGCCCUGAGCCCUGACAGAUGCCGUAUUUCUGAGUGCUUCCAUGUGAAUGCUGCCCUCCUGUAGCAUGUGUCCAAGCAGACAUAGCCACUAACCAACUAGUUACCUUUGGACUGCAACAUAAAAUGUGAAAAUGAAGAUUUAUUUCUUUUAAUUUACUUAAAAAGAAACCUCUGUGCUAGCAAUAAAGCAUUUAUAUUGUGUA